UUGGCAGUUUGGCCACUUUCAUCCCUAAAUGGAAGAAUGCCAAUCAUAGCGUUCACCAAAGUCUAGACUCACACGACAACGUUGAAGUAGAGGCGGACAUCUUUGUAUCGGCCUACGUAUCUGCGCAGUCAAACUCUGGAUGCCCCGGUGGACCUGAAACUGAAGCUAAUCCCUAUUCUGCAGCACAUGCACCACAAUGCCGGCCUGGCCUCCAGCGGCCUGGCCUCCAGCGGCCUGGUCUCUAGCGGCCUGGCCUCUAGCGGCCUGGCCUCUAGCGGCCUGGCUUCCAGCAGCCUGGCCUCUAGCAGCCUGGCCUCUAGCAGCCUGGCCUCCAGCAGCCUGGCCUCCAGCAGCCUGGCCUCUAGCAGCCUGGCCUCCAGCAGCCGGGAGGUGCUUCAGCAGCUGGUCACCUCCUACCCCUUGGUCAUUGUCACCCUGCACACCUUCACCCAGCUGGCUGCCUCCUCGCUCAUCGACAUCCCCAAACGGGUAGCUAUAGCAACGGACACUAGGGGGAAACUAUGGUGCGUGGCUGAUGUGUAA